UGUCCCCACAGCUGAAAAGGCUCCAUGCCCUGCUCCUUUCUUUGAAUUCUGUGUUACGGAGAUGGCGGACACUUUGCCUAAUAUAUUGGUAACCGGCACUCCUGGUGUGGGUAAAUCCUAUAUCUGUCAACAAAUUCAGGAGCAGCUAAAACUUAAAUGGUUGGAUUGCUCUAAAAUAGCCAAGGAGAAAAACUUUAUCGAGGAAUUUGAUGAAGAGUAUGAUUGUCCCAUAUUGGAUGAAGAUAAACUUAUGGACUACAUGGAACCUUUAAUGCAAGAGGGCGGCUAUCUUGUGGAAUAUCAUGGUUGUGAUUUUUUUCCCGAACGUUGGUUUAAUGCUGUGUUUGUAGUGACUUGCUCAAAUAAUACCAUACUCUAUGAUCGUUUGAAGGAAAGGAAUUACAAUGAAAAAAAGUUGAAAUCAAAUUUAGAAUGUGAAAUAUUCGGCACCAUAAUGGAGGAGGCCAGAGACUCGUAUAAACCAGAAAUAGUUUUCGAACUGAAAAGUGAAACUAAGAAAGAUGCUGAGAAAAGUUUAAAAAUUGUUAGAGAUUGGUUGAAAAAAUGGAAGAGAAAAUAAAAAAGGUAAUUUUUUUUA